AUGAGUCUACGCAUUUUGGGCAAGUUUGUUCUCACACCACUUGCCGGGUUUAGCCUUGGUUUGGCAACAUUCGUCGACGCGUUUCCAAAGGUUAACGAAAACGGUUUAAACACGGUAACACUAAAAAGACCCGUGGAACAGCAACGACUCGAUAUCCUUCGUGAACUGAAACAGCACAACAUCUACCGAGAACUGAUCAAACGAGAUAACGUGGAAGAAUGGUCUCAAAGCGAAAAAAUCGUACAUCCGCAUCGCGACUAUCAUGUAGGACAGGGACUUCUGUACGGACCAGGCCGAUUGGAAAUCGACCCUCUAGUGUUACAUGACCCAGAUUCCAAGGAACUGGUCGUUUUCUACCAUCUGGGUGCCAAUUUGGGCAACGAAAAGGGCAACGUUCACAAGGGCGUCGUUUCGCUGCUGUUGGACGAAGCCCUCUGUUACUGCGGAUUCCCCACUUUGCCUAGCAAAUCCGGCGUCACCGCUAGACUCGACCUCCAGUUUCAUAAAGACGUUCCUACAGACUGCACUGUGGUUCUGAAAGCGCAUGUGGUGGAGUCCAAAGGUCGCAAAUGUGUCAUUGGAGGAACGCUCGAAACUCUGCCCUCUAGGGUAUGGUACAAACCUUGGACCAACAAAACCACUUCGGUGUUGGCCACCGCCACUUGCAUUCUAGUAGAGCCCAAAUGGUUCAAACACGUUCAAUGGAUGCGCCUUUCUUGA